CCUAGAAAUUUGAGUGGAGCGGAUAUUGGAACAACUCUUGUCAUAUCUGUCUCUUGUCAUAUGUCAACUUUGGCGGUGGUUGCGGCGGUGGCAUAGGUGGCCGUCCAUUUCAUUGCCAAAUAAGCUUGAUUUCUAAACUUUUUUUGAUGCACUUGAUUAUUUGAGGCCCGGUAAAAGUUUUCUUGCAUAUAUGGUACAGUUCAGUGCGAAAAAUGAGUGAUUAUUCAUCAGUGGCACCACCGCAACAGAACUUCAAUCAAUCCACGGCUUUCGCCGCAGCGUUACAGCGUGCUAAACAGAUCGCAGCAAAAAUCAACCCAGGAACUGGAAACAGUGCUGGGGAUAGCAGGAAGAGGCCUCUAGAAGAUGGUUCUGGGCCUGAACCAGAAGCAAAGAAAGGUCCUGGCAUGGCUCUGCCUCAAGGAAGGCCCUCAUCACAACCACCACAACAGCAGCAAAAUCAAGGAGCUCCUCCAAUGAAUAACAGUCAGUUUAAUGAUGACCAGAAUUUACCUGGUGGAUUAAGGUUAAACAACAUGAACAAUAUGGGCGGUGGCAAGAACACGCUAGAAAUCAUGAUCCCCGGCCCCAAAGUAGGCCUGAUCAUCGGCAAAGGUGGCGAGACGAUAAAACAGCUACAAGAGAAGAGUGGUGCCAAAAUGGUGGUGAUCCAAGACGGACCUAACCAGGAAUUGGAAAAACCAUUGCUAAUCAGUGGAGACGCCCACAAAGUGGAGUAUGCGAAACAGAUGGUCUAUGACCUCAUAGCUGAAAAGGAGAUGAAGAACUUUGGAAGACGUGGAGGUGGCGGCGGUAGGAACGAUGGAAGGGGGCCCCAGGAGUUUGGGGAAUUUGGUGGCGGCGGGGGCCAGGGUAAUGAUUUAGAGGUGUUAGUGCCCAGAGCUGCAGUAGGUGUAGUCAUAGGUAAGGGAGGAGAAAUGAUCAAGAAAAUACAAGCUGAAACAGGAGCUCGAGUCCAGUUCCAUCAAGCCAGAGAUGAAGGUCCCGGUGAUCGAAGAUGUUUCCUGAAUGGCAACCCGAAACAAGUUGACAUGGCGCGCCAACGUAUCGAGGAACUGAUCGAUAGCGUCAUGCAACGUGACAACGGAGGCGGCGACGGGCCCAAUCGAGGAGGCCGUGGUGGCGGUCGAGGCGGUCCGGGAGGCCCCGGGGGUGGCCCAGGCGGCAGGUUCGACAGGAACGGGGGUGGCCAAUGGGAGGACAGAAGAGGAGGACACCAUGGACAGGAUGUGGUCACGUUCUGCGUGCCGGCGAAUAAGUGCGGUGUUAUCAUCGGUAGAGGUGGUGAAACGAUAAAACAGAUAAACAGCCAGUCUGGAGCUUAUUGUGAACUUGACAGAAGAAACCAAAGUUCUAACCCAAACGAGAAGUAUUUCACGAUUAAGGGUGAUCCUGAACAAAUUGAAUCAGCAAAAAGGAUAAUCAGCGACAAGAUUCAGAUGCCUAUCAAUCUGAUGCCUGUUGGAGGACCUGGUGGGAUGGGUAACAAUAUACCUACGGCAUACCCCGGUAUGGCGCCACAACCUGCACCUCAAGGAGGCGGUUACCCUGGUCCUGGAGGGGGUUGGGGAAUGCCGGGCGGCUACCAACCCCAGCAACAGUGGGGCGGCCAAGGAGGCGGAGGAGACGCUCCCGGUGGCCAGCAGCAGCCGUCGUCAGUGCAGGUUAACCCGAGCACGGGACAACCUGACUAUUCCAUGCAGUGGGCUGAGUAUUAUAGGUCGUUGGGUAUGCACCGUGAAGCGGAGAUGAUCGAGCAACAAGCGAAAGCGAAGGCUGCUGGCGGUGGAGGCGGCGCUACAAACGGCGCCGUUGGGGCGGCGAGCGGCGCACCGGCUCCUGGGGCGGCUGGACCGGGAGCGCCCGGGGGAGCGGCGGCUGGUGGUGGUCAGGCUGAUUACAGCGCUCAGUGGGCGGAGUACUACAGGAGCAUGGGCAAGGUCAAGGAGGCAGAAGCUAUUGAGGCUCAGAUGAAGAAUAAGGGUGGCUCUCAGGCAGCAGGUGGUACCGCGCCCCCUGGCACAACAGGUGCCCCGGGCGCAGGAGCGGCGGGUAACUACCAAGCACAGGCGUUUGGAGGAUACCAAGGCGCAGCAGCAGGUGGUUACUACGGCGGUCAAGGUCAGGGAGCUCCAGGGUCCGUCCCUCAAGCAGGAUACUUCCCUGGAUAUAACUACGGAGCUCAGCAGGGUGGUAACUCCGCCAACAGUCAGGAUAACUAGUUAGGUAAAUUGAUGUAAAGCAAAGCAUUGGCCGCAAUCUAUCUGCUACGGGCUGAGACCGUUUUAACCGUCAGUUAGUUUUAAGCAACCAUUCUACGUACGGAAAUUCCGAUUUUCGCAUAGAAAAACACAAUCUGUUUGUUCAUCAACUACUAGUUUCUAGAAUUUAUUUUCCACUAUGCUAUUUUUUUAAUGAUUAAGGUUUAUAAUAGCGGUUGUUGGAAUGGUUUUCCAAUAAAUAUUUCUCUUUUAGGCAGUAUUUACUAAGUUUUUCCUGUGUAAAAUGCUUUGAUAUUUUUAUUGUGCUACGUAUUAUAACAUGUUUUCCAUUAUAUAUUAUUUUUUAUUUUCACAUACACUUGACAUUUACUUCCAUGAGUUUUUUCUAUAUAACUAUAAUCGCUAGAUUUAUAAAAAGAAAUGGUGUUUUGUGUCUUGUUAGCGUAUUUGUAGGCUAUGGAGGUAUUUGACUGGACGUCCGGAGACAGGAUCUGCUGAGUUGGGUAAGGAAAAUGUGCAAUGCAUUUUGUGGUUUUCAUCACAUGUCCUAUACUCCUUAUCCGAGGUUGUGCUACACCUGUGUCCAUAGGAAAUUACUGAAAUUGUAUGGACUAAAAAAGAUUAAGAAGAUAAAGCGGGCGUUUUCUUCUAGUCGCCAAACCCUUAGUUUUUUAUUUAAUAUGUUAGGAAUUUCUUAAAAGAUCCUCGUUUGGCUUGGAUGUGAUGUUUCAAUAUUUUUUAUUUAAAGCUCAUAUAAAAAAAUAAACGUUCGUUCGGCUGCUAAAACAUCUUCAUAUUCAAAUACCUCCAAGUUAUGGGCUUCUCAUAAUAUGAUAGUGAUGAUAAUAUUGAUUCAAAUUGCUUGUGAGUAGCGGUGAUGACCUUUAUAAAUAAUACCACAGGUUUUAUCAAAAGAAAACAAAUUAAUUUAGAUAACAUUGAUGCAAUAUUCUAAAUACUACGAUACAAAUUCCAUUUUGAUAUGAACGUUAUACACAUAUGUUAGGCAGAGACUGUUAACAAUCAAAAUUUGUGGUUAUGUUAGGAAAACAGAUACUUUGAGAUUCCUUACCAUCAAUAUUUUUGACAAGACAAAGAUAGCGCCCCUUUAUCUCCGAUAUAAUGUAAGAAGCUUGAAGGACACUGUUCAUGCAUUUAUUCACUCUAUGAAUUUUUCUGGUUCGUGGACGCCGUCAUCGCAAAAAUAGACCUAUUUUGAAUAUAUUUACAAAAGGGCUUGUAUUCAGAUAUUUUCACGUGCCAUCAGCUCGACAGAUUUUACGUUUGGACUUUUUUCUGGACUGCAAUAAUCACAUUAUCAUAUAUAAUCAUUCUUUCUCACGGUUGACCAAAGCUCUUUUGUAAAAAUAUGCCCAGUUUAUACAACAAAAACUUUUGCUUUCACCAUAAGAAUGGAAAUAGGCAGAUCUGGUAUUUUCGCAAAAACAGUUAUUCCAUAAGGUUUAUGUACAGUGUAUUAUGAGUAUGCAAUUAUAUGAAACUGAUUAAAAAUAAGCUACCUCUGUUUGUGUUUUGUUCUAUUGAUGAUUUUCAGAAACAUUGGGCGUUCAACAGGUAAGAAUAGUCUUUAGAAAUUCUUUUGCCCUGAAGAUUGUUGAAGACUUUUUAGUGUACGAGGGCGUAUCAUAAGUAUUUGAAUCACUUUAUACAGGGUGGCCCUUAGUAGCUUGCGGUUUUUAAUUCAUUCGGCAACGUCGGGCCAAGUAAGCGUUGAUAUACCGUCAGUUGCUAGCUACACUAUCGCCAAUAGGCUACUUAACUCAUAUCAAAUUUCAUAGAAUAAAUGAGUAUUUCUUGCAGUAUUUGGCUUAGGAAAACGAAAUAUAUCGUUUUCAGUUUUUAAAAGCGCAAGAUGGAUAUAUAAAUCCAAUUUGAAAGAACAUAUUUUGUAUUUUUAAUAUGAAACGGUGAAAACACUAUCGACCAUGAUGUGACGUCAUACAUAUUGUAUAUAAAGAAGCGUCAUUCAUGUCACUCGUGGACUAACGUUGUCUUCAUUAUGUAUUUCUAAAAAAAACUCCUAAUCAACGUAAAAAGUUAUCGUUUUAUUGAAAAAAAAAAACAGACAUGGACAUUGGAUUCGUAAAUGCAGAAAGUAUACAUUUGCCGAAAAUUGACACAUUGGUGGUUGGUAAUAUUUUUGCUUUCAACCCAGAUUUCUGCUCUACUGGGCUGAGAGACAUCAAUACUUCAGAGAGUUCAGUGCAUCUAGUAUUAUAAUGAUUGACAUAAAAAAAACAAAA